AUGAGUAUGUAACUCACUUAAAAACCAGCCACAUCAUAUCAAGUACGCCAAUCAAGUGCUACACCACUUUAGAGACAUCAUAACAACCCCAAUUACAUGAGUUGCUAGAAAAUGAGAAUGAGCAUUAUUGAUCAAUUAUCACCCAUAAAAGAUUUGCCAGUUAAUUAAAGUUAGAGAAGUUCCUUCUAUUAAGUUAGAGGUAAAUCUGGGUCAACCACUACCUUAAUGCCAAAUAAAACACAACCUAAUAGAUUAUUAGAUUCUACUAGCUUUAAUACAACUUUGAAUUAUACUUAAGAGAGUAAUUUUGAUAAAAAAGGUUCUACAAUACCAAAAGGAAUGAAAAUCAAUAAUUAUGAAAUUUUAAAGGAUCAACUAAGAUUCGCAAUUUGCUAGUUAGAAGAUCUUAAGAAAUCAUUUGAUAAAGCUGUUUAGAGUCAAUUUGAUCAAGUGAUAUAAGUUAUUAAAUCAUCUGUCUAAUUGUCUAAUUCAUUAGUUGAUGAUAACAAUCAACUUAGACAACAAUAACAUUCAUAACAAAGUAAUUCAGAGUAUGAUAAGUUGAAAUUAAUAAUGGAAUAAUUACAACAAAAGAUUACUGUAUUAGUUAACGAUAAUUCCAAAUUAAAUCAUUAAAUUAAUAUAUAACAGGAAGAGAAUAACAAAUUAGUAUAAUAAAUAUCUGAAUCAGAUAGAAGAUAUUAAGAUUUGUUAUUGUCUUCUUAAAAUAGGUUGAGUAAAGAGAACAUGAAUCCAAACAUAAGCCAAUAUAAACACAUUAAUACUCAUCCGAAUUCAUCAAAUACAAAAAACAAUUAUACUUAAAGAGAACUUAGUUAUAAAUUAGAAUAAGCAGAAAUUAAAUUAUUGACACUAUAAAUAAGCAAUGACAAUCUAAGAUAAUAGUUACAGCAUACUCAAUUAGAUCAUUAAACAUUUCAAUAAUUGAAGGAGACCAUUUCCUCCUUAGAAAUAAAAUCAGAAAGCCUCUUGAAUUAGAAGGAUGCACUUUAAUAAGAGAAUGACCUUCUCAAUCAAAAAAUAUAAAGUCUUGAGACAUAAUUAAAAGACUAAUCUCAAAAGACCGAAUAUAUCAUCUAUAUUAACUAAUUAGAAAAUGAUCUAAAAUAAGCUAGAUAGGAUAAAAACAAUAAUCAUUAAACCAUUACUUCUCUCAGUAAUACGGUAUCUUAAUUAAAGGAAUAAAUUAGUAUAUUAUCAAUACAAAAAGAUUAAUCAGAAAAUUCUUAUAUUUAAUAGGUUCAAUUCUAAUAAAAUGAAUUAUAAUAGGCGAAUUCAAGGUAUUAGUUAUUAAGGUAGGAGAUAUUUGAAAUGAGAGAUCGUUUAGAAUAAAGACAAAUGUAAGAAGAUAGUCACAAUAUGUUAUCUAAUGCAGAAAAGGCGUUGUUUGAAACUUAAAUUUAGAAUUUGAAUGACAAAAUUAAAGACUAUGAAUAAAUGUUAUUGCAUUAUGAAUAAAAAUCAAGGUAAUCUAUUCAUUUAUGUAGAUAACUAGAGUCAUAGGUGUGUUAAAAUUAAUUGGAAAUGGACAACUAUAAGAGACAAUUAGAGCAGAUGAAUAAUUAUAAUAAUAACUCUUUGGAGAUACAGGAGUUGCAAUGGAAAAUGAAUCAACUAAAUUAAAUUAUUUAAAGAAAGGACAAGGAAUGCUAAAUAAAAAUAGAUGAAUUACAGAAUACCAAAUCAGCAUUUGAGCAAUAGGUUAAAAAGAACCAGAACUUGGAAAUGAGAAUUUUAUAUUUUAUGGAGCAAGAAGUUAAGGCAAACGGCAAUUUGAUAAGAAAAUAAUGA